AUGUGGCGGCUGCUGACUUUAUUGCUUCUCGCAUGCUUCGGCGACGCGAGUUACUACGAGGUGCUCGGCGUAGACAAGCGCGCUUCAAUCGGCGAAAUUAAAUCUGCGUUCCAGAAGCUCACGAAGAAAUACCACCCGGACAUUAACAAGUCCGCUGAUGCGAACGAGCGUUUCGCUGAAAUCCGCGAAGCGUACAGCGUGUUGAGCGACGAGAAAAAGCGAGCGGUUUACAACCGAUUUGGCAAAGAAGGUUUGAAAGAGGAGGACUACAGCGAAAACUCGCUGUGGAGCAGAGAAGAGAACAACUUGGUAUAUCAGCUGUCAGUCUCUCUCGACGAAGCGCUGCUGGGCGUGGACACCACGAUCCCGCACGUGGACGGGCGCACACUUCCGGCCCUCGCCGCUUAA